UUAACUAUGUACUAAAGCUCUACUAAUCUGCACAUAAAAGGUACAACAUAAAAUUGCAUUGAAUAGUAAGAUUAUUAUGUCGGUGUCCGUGUCGAGCAGCAACCAAACUCCACCAAUACAAGUCUCUUACAAUAAGAUUGACAAAAUUUACGCCGUAGGAGUUGGCAGGAAAAGAGGAAUUUUUGCCUCAAGACAGGAAUGUCUCAAGCAAACCAGAGGAGUCAGCUUUUCCCACUACAGAUCGUUUUCGACGUUACAAGAUGCUGAAGAGUAUCUUGACAGAUAUGCGAAUGUUGCUAUAGGAACGCCAAAUGUCAAUGUGUCAAAUAGUAAAUUCAAUCAGAAAAUGGCAAAUAACUCGGUAGCAGUAGUUAAGCCUGUUGAAACUCGUACCCCACCUUCCACAAAGAGGAAUGCUGCUGCUGAAGAAGGCAGCAGUGCUCAGCAGUCCAAAAAGCCCAAAUUAAGUAAAAAACGUUCAAGUGAGAAAGCUGAACAGCGAACAAAGGAGGAACUUUUAAAGAUGAACGAAGAGGCGGAGAGGCUGAGGAAAAAACAAAGCGAGCUCAAAGAGGAAAUUUUGAAGAUCACUCAGUAUAUUCAGGCGAAGGCAGAGAGCCUGUAUAUCCUGAAAGAAGAGAUUUCCAUUCUGGAGAGAUAUGCAGAAGAAAUGGAGCGUGAUUUGAAUUUGUCAAGAGAAGUAUCCGAACCUCCAAAUCCGAAAAAACACAAAAACCCCUCAAAAGCAAUAAGAGUGAAAUCAUAUGCUGACCAUGAGGAUAAAAAACAAAGUGAUUGCAUAGAAUACGAUGAUGACAACUACUGUAAAAUCUACAUAAGUGGCUUAAACAAUCAUUCUAGUUGUAAAGGGGGACUAGGAGUAUUUUUCGGCGAUGACAGUAAAUUAAAUUUGAGCGAACCGAUUAACGAAUUAAUGAAGUAUACAAUAAAUGCUCAAAUAUUGGCAGCAGUUCUGGCCUGCAAUGCGUCAAAACUUUCUAAUAUUUCAAAGAUAAACAUUCAUACCUACUGUCACGCGAUAUACAGAUUUGGAACUGAAAAUAAUCCAGCCAAACAGGAGGGACGUCACUGGCUUGAUACAAGACUCAAAAGGCAAAAGUGUGAAUUGAUGUGUCUGAACGAAGCAAAGAAAAACUUGGAUAUUAAAUGGACUUACGUUCGAGGUGCAGAUGCGCAUGGCUGUAGAAUGGCUAAACAGCUGGCCAUGAAAGCAGCUAAUAUUAUCCCGUGGCAAAAUGCUGAAUGAGUAACUAUUGUGCCUAUUAUGAAACUCAACUUUUAAUAAGUUAGAAUUUGGCUAACUCUGAAUUAAUGAAGAAUAAUAAAUAGAUUAUUGAAAAAUUA